GCAAAGGUGGCGGGCCAGAUUUUGGUUGCGCCUUGGCACGGAACGACAGAAGCCACAUGGAGGAUGCGAUUGACGUGCAGAAUGAUGUGGCCGGCUUCCGGCUUUACACAGUGUACCACGGCCAUGCCGGCGAGGAAGCCGUCUCAGUGGUCAAGCGAAUCCUGCCGAACAUCGUCACAGUUCAUCUCCAAAAGGAGACCGAUGUGAAGAAAGCCCUGUGUGAGGGCUUUAAGGCCGUGGAUGACGAGCUUACCAAAUGUCUCCUGGAGACCGCCGGCAAAGCAGGCCACAAGGCCCAAACAGUCACUACGGACCAUGCGCCGGCAAAGAGUGGAGCUGAAGCAGAACGGCUUCGUCAACUUGGUGUUGACGUGCAUGGUGGCUACGUGGGCAAGAAAUUGGCAGGACUGCUCCACGUGCCGGAAGUGCAGCAACUGGAAAUUGAUGAGCAGACAGACUUCCUCAUUUUGGGGCCUGAAGCCAUUUUCAUCGCCGGUGCCACCAACCUGAUCAAGACGCACUUGGACGAGGUACUGCACGAGAUGCCAGCUGCGACCUUAGCGGCCACGCAAAGCGUGGAAUUGCACGUCACAGAUGAGGAGCAUGUCAGCAAGUCAAGCCUCGUCUGCGUGUUCGGAUCUUCAUCAGACGCGAAGUCCGUUCUGGACGGCCUGGAAGAGGGAUUCGGCGACGUGCCACACGGUGCCCAAGAAGGGCCUGGCCUGUACCGAGCACGUCACGGUCUUCUUAAAUUCCGGCUUGCCACCACAGCUGACGUGAAGAUGAAGACCAACCGCUUCAAGCAGGCGCCCAAGGAGGAGUACCAGCGGCUCCGCAUCAACGGCGAUGCGCAGGAGGUCAGACAAGCGAAGAAGAUUGUCUUGGAUUUCCUUGAUGAAUUCAGCGGCCGCGGCAUGCGCGGGAUGCUCCACGAGAAAUUCUUCAGAGGCAUUGAGGAUGUGGAGGAGUCGUUCGAGGUUCCGUCUGGAAAGAUCGGCCGGCUGAUCGGCAAGGGCGGUGAGAACAUCAAGAAGAUGGAGGAAUCCUGCGGCGCUCGCUUGAGAGUCCUCCCCCCAGAAGAAGAUGGUGGUGAGCAGCGGCUUCUGGUUUCCGGAGCACCGGACAAAGUGGAGAAGGCCAAGGAGCUACUGAGACCCUUCAUCCCUACGCUCAGCGCUCUUGAGCCAACAGCCUCAGGCGUGCCACUCCGGAAACGCCUCAAGGAGGAGUCGGAGGAAGCGCCAACAGACCACGGCGAAGAGCUACGGGGACGAAGGAAUCGGGCCGCAGAGAUGUUGGAGUCAGCGGCUCGGCGCGAUGACAAGAGGAGCGAAAGGCCAAAGAGCCGAGACAGCUCCACAUCCAGUGGGACACGCGUGAAGCGCCUAAGGGAGAAGAAGCGCGCGAUCAGUCUUCAAGAGUACCAGGCUAUGCUCAAGAAGCAAAAGGAGUUGGACGCUGCUGCGGCUCGGGCGGAGCAGGCAGCCCAAGUUGCCGCAGCAAACGCCAAGCGUGCAGCGGAGGAGGAGAGGCGGAAGGAGGAGGAAGCGGCAUUGGACAACUACGACUGGGAAGAGGAGGGCUUGUAUGUGCUGGCUGUAGCCGCGCCAAAUAACGGAAGUUCACGGGACAGGAAGACGAUGAGGUUGGGGCUCAGCUGGAAAGCCGACGGGUCACUGCAGCUUGGAAUUGCAGUAGAAGCAGUUUUAGAUGAAGGCACACUUGCAGAAUCGGCCUCACAGCACGUGGCCUUGGAUGGAAAGGAUGUCGGUGUUGGCUUCGUGGGGGGCAGUUCCUCGCUGACGUCUGCGAGAUUUUUCGUCGCAACCGCUCGAUUGUGGCUCGCCAAAGUGGAGGGUACCUUGGGCUCCAAGGUUUCAGCUCCGAAGCCUUGGGACGAGCAGAUCGAUGGCAAAGGAAGACCUCCACCGCCGGCGGGUGCUUCCUGGGUCAUCUCGGAGGCUGAAGCUCAAGGCCGUCGCCUUGCCUUCCGUCUCGCCUCUCCAGCGGAGCUCUUCCCGCGUUUCGUGGAGGCUUCGCAGUUAUCCCGCUGGCCACAGACAGACAGUGUGAUCUACUUGGUUGAGCUUUGCACAACUCCUCAGACAGUUGCGCAUGUUGCUCCGUUCCGACAUGACUAUCGCAAGUCGGAGAGGAGUUAUGCCAAGGGUGAUACGCUGAUUGUCGAAGGCUGCCGGCCAGGGCUGCAGGACCUUGGAAUCGUCCGCAAAGUGCUACUCGGAGAAAAAGGUGCCAAGGUUGCAGCCUUGGUUGCCGCCAAGAAGGAUGGCCCGGAAUCGACAGGCACCAUGGGCUUGGCUUUCCAGCGCAGCGGGCCAACCGAAGCGAAGCGCCGCGAGGGGCUGUCAUCAUUGGAGCGAAUGGUGCUGCCACUGUUGGCAGCCCGACUGCCUGCCGGUGCGCGAGCCCUUGGCGUGGGUGCGUCGCUAGAUGGUACAUUCUUGCGCUUCUUCUUGCGUCUCAUCGGGAAGUCUGAGCAGGAGCUCAACAAAGCCUCAUCUGGGGCAGCUGCAGCUGCCGCUGCUGUCGGGGCCAUGCUGGGCUGUCAGACCGAGGUCAUGGCCUCAUGUGGGCCCGAAGAGCCGGUCGAACCAUCCUGUCAGGAGGAGGUGCAAGAGCCAAAGAAGAAAGCAAAGCCUGCAAAGGAGAAGGCCAAGAAGGAUGGCAAGAACAAACCCAAGGAGAAGAAAGCUGCAACUGAAGAGUCGUCCUCAGAAAGCUCCAAGUCAUCCUCCGGGGAUUUCCUCCUUGCCAUGGCCAAGCGAGGUGACCGGGCUUUAGCCAGGAUAGCGCAGGUUGAAGAGAAGCCCGCCUGA